AUGGGUGCCCAGCUCUGCUCUGAAGCCAAGGCCGAGGCGCCCCGGGUGGCACUUCGCUUCCAUGCCGAGGCCAAGGGCGCGCAGGUGCGUCUGGACGCGCGCGGGUGCACGGCGCACAGGCGCGCCACCUUCCACGACGGCAUCGUGUUCAGCCAGCGGCCGGUGCGGCCGGGCGAGCGCGUGGUGCUGCGCGUGCUGCGGCAGGAGGGCGGCUGGUGCGGCGGCCUCCGCGUGGGCUUCACGCGCCUGGACCCCGCGCGCGUGUCCGCGCCCAGCCUGCCGCCCUUCGUGUGCCCCGACCUGGAGCAGCAGAGCCCGACGUGGGCGGCCGUGCUGCCCGACGGCUGCGCGCUCGCGGGGGACGUGGUGAGCUUCUGGGUGGACCCCCGCGGCCGGCUCUUCGCCAGGGUCAACGCGGGCCGCCGGCUCCUGCUGCGCAAGGGCGUGCUCACGGGCGCCCCGCUCUGGGCCGUGAUGGACGUGUACGGGACCACCAAGGCCAUCGAGCUGCUGGAUACCACAGCCAGCCGGUUCCCCACACCCGUGCCCACGGUCCUCAGUGAGGAGGCUGUGCCUGGGUCUGAAGCCACACCAGGAGAGGAGUGUGUCAUAUGCUUCUACCACGCUGCCAACACCUGCCUUGUCCCCUGUGGCCACGCACACUUCUGCAGCUACUGUGCCUGGAGGGUUUUAACAGACACGGCCAAGUGCCCUGUGUGUCGCUGGCAGAUUGAGGCGUUGGCCGUGGAGCAGGGCCCUCCUGCUCUGCUGACUGGGGAAGACUCAUGA